GAUGAGUACAACUUAAAUCCAGGAUUGGAAUGGGAGGACGAAUUUCCAGGUAGGUAUUAAACUCAAUCUGCCAUUGUCCACUUGUCACCAUUAACAAAAAUUUAUGAGGAAAAAUAUCAAAAUAAAUGUCGCAAAGGUGAAUAUAAUCAAACGAAUAUGUUAGUAUAUUUGCAACACAUGAUUACCGACAUAGCCAGAUAUAGUUUUGAAAGACUUUUUUAAAAAAAUUUUUUUUCUAUAAUAUUGAAUAUCAAAUCCAAUUCAUGAAUCAUGAUUAACCAAUCUUUGAUGAUGAUUCAGAUAUGGUUAUGGUACUACUAGUAGUAUUUAGCAUAUUUUUUUAAGUUUGGACAUAUACAGAAUAAUGUUUUGGAUAUAUCUUGUCAUGGAGUCUCUGAAUUUGGUCACUAAAAUCAAAUUGUUUAAGCUAAUUAUCAUCCAUUUUUCCUCACUUCUCUUCUGGUUUCAAAAUGUCUCAAAACAUUUCUUGUUAUAAUAAAAAUUCUAUUGACCUUUGUGCAAUUUGAUCACCCUUUACGACAAGAAUGAUACGUUUGUCUUUAUCUGCACAAUCAGUAUCUAUUAACUUUUAUUCUGCAUUUUGAAUUAUACGUAGUUAUUUGGAUGCACUACUAACACUAAAUAUUAACCCACUAUUGUCUUUAUUACACUAUAACAUUGAAAUAAACAGACCUAAACUUCGCACUGCAUUUUGUAUGCUUUGAAAAAUGCUUAUGCACACUAUGUCAACGCUUGUUAAUUUGUUUAUCUGGUGUAUUGGUUACCUUACUUGCAUAUCUUUUAAUACAGUCAUUUCAGGUCAUUUCAGAAACGUGAUUUUCUGUGAUAUGUUGGUUGUGGUCGGAUGUAUGACCAGUUUCUGGACUGCAUUCACUUUUGUUGUUACAGAACUUUGAAACACAAACAUUGACUUUUUCAUAAAUAUAACAAUUUCAACAAUGUGGACUUAGAUAGUCCUCUACGUCGUAUUUGUCUAUGUAUACGUAAUAUUUGGCCAAUAAUGAGGCCAAAAUAGGCGCAAGAGUGACGAAAAAGUAAAAUUUUACGUUAUUUUCUCAAAAACUAUUUUUUUCUCAAAAACUAAAAAAAAAAACAUACGAGUACGCUUAAGCAAGUUUGAGGGAGCGUUUCUAAAACAUAAAAAACACUUUGAAAAACUUCAAUCGACAAUGAAAAAAUCGAAAAGUAGCAUUUUGUGAAGAAUUUUUAAAAACGAAAUUUUCGAACGGAAAGGAAUAAAGAAAUAAAAAAGGCGCGUAUAAAAUUUUCGAUAUCUCGGCUAUCUUCGGAGGAUAUAGAUGCGGAAUUUCGAAAAGCACGUUUAAGACCCAAAAAAACCCUGUCGUAGUACACCACUUAAUAUUAUUGAUUUGUUUUCCGGGAUGAAGAAUCCUGAAAAAUAGAUUGGUGCAGUUAUAUACCAUGGAUAUGUAUAUACAUUCAUUUUUAGUUAAUAUAGGAAUUUAGCAGUUAUAGUGGUCGUAUUAUUUUGGUGUUUCAUAUGGGAUAAUUGCUUCACCAUACUAUUGUCGGUUUUCCAAAAUGACCUGAAAUGACCGCUUACGAGAAUUUCCAAAUUAUUCACCCAAAAGUUUUGACCUAUGACGCGGUCGAAGGAGAAGAAGAUGAAAGUUUGCCGCAUCUCGGAGUUGGUGGAUCGGUCAGCAAGUUACCGCCAGGCAUUUUACCACACGGUCUACCACAAGUCAAGGAGGUACUACCGGCUGUCACGGCAGUAGAUGAAAAACGAGAGGAAGAGAAACGAGAAGAGCAGAAAGAAAUUCGUGAGCUUAGCGAAGAGGAAAAACAAAUGAUAAUUUUGUCAGAGGACUUUCAACAGUUUAUUGAUAGGGCUGGAAGGAUCAUGGAAAGGGCUCUAUGUGAAAACGUAGACAUUCAAACCGAUUACUCGGGAGGUUUUGGAGAACAAGAUUUAGACGAAAAGUGCCAUCAGCGAAUAUCCUUCGCUAGAAAAUUCUUCGAUGAACGAUGGUCUAAAAAUAGAAAAGUUACAUCCCUUGAUUGGUCACCUCAGUUUCCUGAGCUCCUAUUGGCUGCGUAUAAUGAUAACGAGGAGGCACCAAACGAUCCCGAUGGGGUGGUGUUAGUUUGGAACAAUAAGUUUAAGAAGAAUACACCAGAAUAUAUUUUCCAUUGUCAAAGUGCUGUUUUGUCUGCUACAUUUGCUAGGUUUCACCCUAACUUGAUUUUAGGAGGCACUUAUAGUGGGCAAAUCGUCCUGUGGGACAACCGAGUACAGAAAAGGACGCCUAUACAAAGGACUCCGCUCUCUGCUUCCGCACAUACGCACCCCGUCUACUGUAUGUCAGUUGUGGGUACACAGAAUGCUCACAACUUGAUCAGUAUUUCUACAGACGGACGAAUGUGUUCCUGGUCUUUAGAUAUGUUAGGACAACCUCAAGAGAUUCUAGAUUUACAUCGAAUGCAAUCGAAACCAGUGGCUGUGACUUGUUUGGAUUUCCCGCAUUCGGAUGUGAACAACUUUGUGGUGGGUAGUGAAGAAGGUGCCGCGUAUAGCGCGUGCAGGCAUGGUGCUAAGGCGGGCAUCACAGACACAUAUGACGGUCACCAAGCGCCUAUCACAGGCAUCAGCGUCAACAGCGUGCAGGGAGGCAUUGACUUUUCGCACAUGUUCCUCACAUCAUCCAUAGACUGGACUAUCAAAUUGUGGAGUCUUAAGGACUCUAAGCCGAUCUACUCGUUUGAGGACAACGGCGACUACGUCCUAGACGUGAAAUGGUCUCCGACGCAUCCUGCCCUAUUCGCCAGUUGCGAUGGCAUGGGCCGGCUGGAUCUAUGGAACCUCAACCAAGACACUGAGGUGCCAGCAGCGGGUGUCACCAUAGCCUCGGAAGGGGGUAGCGCGGCGCUCAACAAGCUCGCGUGGACGCAGAACGGGUUGCAGAUUGCUGUUGGAGAUACGCAGGGGAGGAUUUGGAUAUACGAUGUUGCUGAGGCGUUUGCACAUCCGAGGCACGACGAAUGGGGAAACUUCCUUUACACAACACAGGAACUAAGGAAUAAUCAAGUAAACGAUGAACUGGAAAAACUAAAUUAUUCUGCUAAUUCUUCACUUUCAAGUAUGAGUUCGCUUAGCUCUACUCCUUUACGAUAAAUUUCAUGUUUUAUUAUCGGUAGGUUUUUUGACAGACAGAAGAUCAGCAUUGACGCCAUUAUAGAACAAUUAUUGCGCGUUAUAGUACAGUGUGAGGUACCAACUAAUAGUGCAUUGUCAAGUAUAAAGAUGUUACUCAUAUUUAGGUGAUCAUCUAAAAUGCAAACGUCACCAUAUUGUAGUGUAGUGAAUUUCACCAUUUCUUGUUCUAAGUGAGAUGUUUGAAAUGUGUCCACUACCAAUUCUUGCAUACUCAGAAAAAAUAGAAAAUGGGAAUACGGACGUGAUGCAAGGAGGAAACGUUCAAAGAAUAUGAAAAGAGAUGGGUAGCAUAUCAGUUGAUAGAUAUGCUGCAAAUUACAAAGGACAUUGUAAGUCCUGUAUCAAUAAGAUUAUAUUGUUAUAGGGCUCUAUUCUGUAACAUUCUUUGAGAAUUUCUUAUCUAGGCCAAAAUAACAAACGCCUGUUUCAUUCCAAAGAAGUCCGUUUUGUUUGCAAAUGCUGCAUUGAACGGCUUAAAACGUAUUGAAUAUUUUAUAUGUUUUGAGUGACACUAUUAUACAAUACACAAAUAUCUAUAAAAAAUAUGUAACAUAAAAGAGCAUUUUUUAAAACCAUUGAUUUGCUGUCUGUCAAAUGUGAUUUAUAUUGUUAAGGGCAAAUGAUUUGCUUAAAUAUACGUACAUUAUUAAUGAAUUAAUAGAACAAAAGAAUAACAUAAACAACAUAUGCUGUAACACAAAGUGUCAUAAUAUACUGUAUUGCUAAUAUCAACUAUAACAAAUAGCUUCUUAGUCAGAAAACUUGCUCUGUGAAUUUUUUGACUUAAGUUCAAACAACUAUUUAAAUUUGAAAUGUACACCAGUAAAUCUGUGAUUCUAACGCAAUGUUUGAUGUCAUUGCAAACCAUCUGUUGCUGUCAUGACAAACAUUUUUGUUUAUGCUGCGAUUUCAACUCUUAUAAGCUUGAAAAUAAUUUUCGUUUUACCUCUUUUUAUUUCAGUUUAUAUUUGUUCUCCUGUCAUGUGUUGCAACAUUUUUUUCUGUUGUACUAGUAUUGUAAAAACUCACCAAACCCAUUAUGAAUGGAAUUUUAAAGUAUGUUACUUAAAAGUUCUUGUGUUUAAAACUACCCACUCGUUUUAUAUAGCUGUAAAUAAUUUUGCUAAUUUAUUGUAUGUUGAUUUUUUAUACAUUUUUGUUGUAGCUUAUUUCUCUAGAAAUGGUAUUGUUUGCGAUUUUAAAUCGUCCUUAUUUAUUUCUAAAUUUUUUUGAAUUCCAUGUGUACUCUAUACACGAUAUUUUGCAAAUUAAGAUUUUUAGAAAAAAAUAUUGUACAUAUAAG